AAACAGCCUUGAGCAGGCGGUGGCUCCACUGGAGGCAAGCACACCCGGGUCUCACAUUAAAGAAGCCAAACUGUCUACUUCAAAGAGAAAAGGCAACAUCCUGUCGCAGGCCAUGCUCUGGCAAAAACCCACAGCUCCAGAGCAAGCCCCGGCCCCACCCCGGCCGUACCAGGGCGUGCGGGUGAAGGAGCCAGUGAAGGAGCUGCUGCGGAGGAAACGUGGCCACGCCAGCAGCGGGCCGCCGGUGGCACCGACCGCGGUGGUGCUGCCCCAUCAGCCCCUGGCGACCUACACCACAGUAGGUCCUUCCUGCCUUGACAUGGAGGUCUCUGCUUCCACAGUGACGGAGGAGGGGGCCCUGUGUGCCGGCUGGCUCUCCCAGCCCGCCCCGGCCACCCUCCAGCCCCUGGCCCCAUGGGCACCCUAUACGGAGUAUGUGUCCCAUGAGGCUGUCAGCUGCCCCUACUCAGCUGACAUGUAUGUGCAGCCCGUGUGCCCCAGCUACACGGUUGUGGGACCCUCCUCGGUGCUGACCUACGCCUCCCAGCCGCUCAUCACCAAUGUCACGACGAGAAGUGCUGCCACACCCACAGUGGGACCCCAGCUGGAGGGCCCAGAGCACCAGGCACCUCUCACCUAUUUCCCGUGGCCUCAGCCCCUGUCCACGCUGCCCACCUCCACCCUACAGUACCAGCCUCCAGCCCCAGCCCUGCCGGGGCCCCAGUUUGUCCAGCUCCCUAUCUCUAUCCCGGAGCCAGUCCUUCAGGACGUGGAAGACCCCAGGAGAGCCAUCAGUUCCCUGACCAUCGACAAGCUGCUUUUGGAGGAAGAGGAUAGCGAUACCUAUGCGCUCAACCACACGCUUUCCGUGGAAGGCUUUUAGGGCUGGCUCCCACCCGAGCGUCCUGUCCCCUGAAACUGGGAUUUGAAAACGAGCCUGGGAUUGAGCCUCAGGUUCAUAUCUGUUUGGAGUUUCAUAAUUACAAACUACAGUUUCUACCCCAAACUAGAAUUGUAAACCAGACUUCCUUCCUCCCUCCCUCCCUCCCUUCCUCCCUUCCUCCCUUCCUCUCUUUCUUACUCUCCCUUUCUUAUUUCUUUUUCCAUUUCUGUUUCCUUUGGGAGGGAAUUAUAGGGAUUUUAAAGAUAAUAUUUGAUGCCAAGUGUUGCCUAAUCUGUGGCCCAGGGUUUUCAUUUCUGCCACGUUUCCUUCCUGGAGAAGGCCCCUCUCUCCAAUGCCCACUGCUUCGUGGGAGCAGCAGCCUUGCUGAGCCGUCUUCAGGCAGUGAUGCCCUGUGCUCUGUCAUUUUGAGAUGGAUGGGGUGCCCUGUGAGAAGACCAGCCCUGCCAGCAUCUCCAAGGGCAGAACCAAUGACAGAGGCCUUGAGCUGUCAGUUCCCACAGUUGCUCCUUUGUUUGCUGUUCUCAGCUUUGGCCAGAUUUACAGUCUUGACAGCAGGGUCUCAAGA